CCGUGAGGGAGGGAGGGAGGCAGGCGGUCCCUGCGUCGGGCGCGGGCUGCUGCCUUUCCGGCCCUGCGCCUGCUCUCCGCGGCCGGGCUCCUAGGAGUGGCUGGAGCCGCGGGGCGCUUCUGGAGCCCGUAAAUGAACCCUCCUCCUCUGCCUCCGCCUUCUGCUCCCGAGUCUCCUCCUCGGCGCUGACGGUACAGUGAUAUAAUGAUGAUGGGUGUCACAACCCGCAUUUGAACUUGCAGGCGAGCUGUCCCGAGCCUUUCUGGGGAAGAACUCGCGCAGCAGCAGGCUCAGAGCCUGGGCGCCUGGAGCCGGGAGCCGGGACCCGCGUGCGCCGGCAGCGCAUACCGCCUCGUCCUCCGGCGCCGUCCCGCGCUGUGUCCCGGGUCACCGCGCUUCUAUGUGACCCGCUCCGGCCACGCUAAGUCCAUUCGCACAGCGCUGCGGUGAAUUUUUCCUCAAACUGCAAAAAGCCGCCUUUCAAGGACAAAAUGUUGAGCAGUAUCAGAAGCUUCUUAUGGCUGUGCUCAGCCUUCAUAGUAACCCAGGCCCAGCAUAACGGCCCCAUGGGGAGCGGUGUGGCGUUGGCGGCCAUGCGGGGCUCACUGGCCGGGACCGUGGUGCUGCCCUGCCGCUUCCCUGAGCCGCCCACGCCGCGGCCAGUGGCUCACGCCGGCGAGACCCUGCGCGUCAAGUGGUCGAAGAUCGAGGCGGACCGCAGCGGACGGGACCUGCGCGAGACAACGGUGCUGGUGGCGCAGGACGGGCACGUGAAGGUGGGGCCGGACUUCCAGGGCCGCGUGUCGGUGCCCACGGACCCCGCGGCGGCGGGCGACGCGUCCCUGAGCCUGGGAAACCUGCGUGCCAGCGACGCGGGCCGGUACCGCUGUGACCUGCUGCUGGGCGUGGAGGCGGCGCAGGCAGCCGUGGAGCUGUCGGUGGACGGGGUUGUGUUUCACUACAGGGCAUCCACCAGCAGGUACACGCUCAACUUCGAGGCUGCGCAAAAGGCUUGUGUGGACAUUGGGGCUGUCAUAGCAACCCCAGAGCAGCUCUUUGCUGCCUAUGAAGAUGGCUUUGAGCAGUGUGAUGCUGGCUGGCUGUCUGAUCAGACUGUUAGGUACCCAAUCCGAGUUCCCCGAGAAGGCUGCUUUGGGGAUAUGAUGGGGAAGGAAGGAGUCAGAACCUAUGGAUUCCGUUCUCCUCUGGAAACUUACGACGUGUACUGUUACGUGGAUCAUCUGGAUGCUAAACAGAAUAUAUCAGAGGCUACAACGAUCGAGUUGAAAAUCCUCGCAGAAACUGAGUCACCCAGUCUGUCCAGAGAACCACAAGUGGUCCUCCAUGCAACAACACCGAUCAUUCCUUUAGUCACUGAGUUGUCUUUUAUUACGAGAGAGUUCCCUCCCGUAGGGAAUAUGAUCAAUUCUGGACAGAAAGCCGCAGUCCAAACUCAGGCAGUCACAAGCCUAAUAGCUACUGCAGCCCCCGCCACUCCUGCUGAGAGUGGGGAGAAGCGUCGGGACUACUAUUCACCUUCUGCCUCUGGACCUCUUGGGAGAGCAGAUAUAUCUGAAAUUAAGGAAGAAGGUCUCCAAAACACAACUGUUGUCUCUCAGCGCAUCACUGAUUUAUGGGAUGGUGUCAAGGGAGAUGCUCAGACACAAAAAUCUGUGACACAGGUUGAACAAAUAGAAGUGGGUCCCUUAGUCACGUCUAUGGAAGUCUCAAAACACACUCCUUCCAAGGAAUCAUCUGUAACCGAAGCACCACUUGUAUCCACAGAAAUGAAACAAGAAUCCCAAAGUGAAGAUAGAGCUGUAAGUGCUCUUCCUGAGUUGGUGAGCACAAACCACUACGGGGUCACCUUGGGAAAAGAUGAUGGGGAAGACAGAACACUUACGGUCAGAUCUGAUCAGAGCACACUGGUCUUUAACCAAAUACCAGAAGUGAUUACAGUGUCAAAGACCCCAGAGGACUUAACGUCAAUGUCAGCAUUCACAGUCCUUUCCCCUGUGACUGUACCUGACCAUGCUGGAUUGUCCACAGAGAACUGGGAAGAGAGACAAACGAAUGGUCUAAUAACUGAAGACAGCUUCGGCCCAUCUCUGUCUACUACACUUCUCCCAUCUCAGCUUGUUACAGAAGUAGAAACACUUCCUUAUUCUGGUGAUAAAAUAUCAGUAGAGGAAAUGUCCACAGCUGUUCGUCCUUCCCCACAGAUGGAAACAACACAUGGAAUUGAAAGAAUAGAGACACCGAGACCAGAGAGGAGAACUGACACUUACACACAUUAUGGGAUACAGGGAGAAGUCACCAAAGAGCCCUUUAUGGGAAUCAUGGAAGAAGAGUUCUCUGGAAUGAGGCUCUCUACAUCUUCCUUGGAGCAAGUGCAUUUUACAGAAUCUUCUGUGGCAAAGACCAAAGCCUUUGAUUUCCCAAUACUGACAACAACAGAGUUGAGUGUGGAGCCCUCAGUAGCAGGGGCAGUGGAGGAAGAAACUGUGCAAACUCUUGGUGGAAUAGAUAUCUCUCCAGAUACUCCCAGGCAGGACAGAGAGGUUAUAGGAGCACACGUGACCCACAGCACUUCAGGUGUGGAGGUGGUCACUGGAUCACAAGGGUCAUGGGAUGAGGACAAUGCUACACUCACGAUUUUGGAGUCCACAGAGCAGACAGGCUCUACAGAACAAGCCCCUGUCAUGGUUACCACCAUGGGAUUGAGUGGAAAAGAUGAGGACAGCCCAGUUGUUACAGAAAAUGGGAGAGAUGAAUUUGUGCAUUUUCCAGAGAGUACUCAAAAGCCACUGGAAAAGUUUGCUGAGGAAGGCUCGACAGAGGAAGGGGAAGUCAUAGUGAAAUUUCAGCCAACUCCAUCAAUAGGUAUUUCAGAGAAGUCCACUUGGAGAGAUUCUGUAACUGAAGACAGAGUUUCACCUACCAUAAGCACAGAAGGCCGAGUUAUUUAUGCUACUAUAGAAGGAAGUGCGUUGGGCGAAGGAGAAGACGCAGGGGUCUCUAAGCCUCUGUCUACUGUUCUCUCAUUUGUACAUACCUCAGAUGGGGGAGGAUGGGCUUUUAUGAAUUACAGUAGCACCCCAGAGCCCACUACGUAUGCAGACACUUCCCACACUGUUCCUCUCUCAGUAAUUCCCAAGAUAGACCAGGGUGAGUUUGCUCCUUCUGCUCCACCGGAAGAUGAGGUUCUGGCUGAACCCUCUGGAGAAGGCAUGGAACAGCCUCACCUGGAAGCAACUAUGGCUCCUGAAACUUUGAGAACAACAGUGCAAAGUGUACGGGCAACAGUGCAGGAAGAAUCCCCUUGGGAAGACCGCACAACGGGGAGACCAGGUCAUGUUCUCACUUCUCCUGGAGCUACGUCCACAGAGGCAAGGACUCUGCCUGAGGAAGACAAGGGUGAAGAGUCAGCAUCAGCGGUCCCAGAAGGCCCUAUGGUAACAAGCGUGGAGAGUGUUCCUGGUUUUGAAACAACUGUGGUUGGAGAAAUCGAGCAUCCAGCUAGUGCUGUAACUGAACACAAAGUGGAAGGGGAUGAAAUGGUCACAAUAAUUCCAAGCAUCAAGCCCGAAAUAUUUGUAAGUCGAGAGCCUGAAGACAAAUACGAAGUAGAAGGUAGUAGUCCUGCAGAAUUCACCUCACCCUCAAGUCCCUGGGGCACCCGUGUCACUCCGCUUUUAGAGGAAAUCACUACUGAGAAAAGGGAGAAAACUUCCCUGGAUUAUAUUGAUUUAGGCUCAGGAUUAUUUGAGAAGCCCAGAGGCACAGAAUUACCACAACUUUCAACAACUACAACGGCAGUUCCAGGUGAUAGCACUACGCCAUUCAGUGUGGUCGACAGACGUCACCCAACCUCAGCAUCCACGCCACCUGCAGCACACACUGAGGAACCCUCUGUCAUUGACAGAGACUCUGGAGAGGGAACCACCUGGGACACGGUGCUCCUGGGAGAACCCACAUGGCGCUCUUCUUCCACUACCCUUGCUGAUCGCAUAGCUGAGGCAACGGAAGGCGAUAUCGACAGAGAGUAUUUCAAGACCACAAGUUCUUCCCCUCCGCAAAGACCACCCACUGUGGAAGGCAAAGAGGCCUUCAGACCUCAUGCAAUAUCCACUCCACAACCCCCAGUGGGCACAAAAUUCCGCCAUGACAUAAAUGUUUAUAUUAUUGAGGUCAGAGAAAACAAGACAGGUCGAAUGAGUGAUAUGAGUGUAAGUGGUCAUCCAAUAGAUUCAGAAUCUAAAGAAGAUGAACCUUGUAGUGAAGAGACAGACCCCGUGCAAAGUCUGUUUGAUGGAAUUUACCCUGAUAUAAUUGAAAUAGACCUGUACAACAGUGAGGAGGAUGGAGGGGAGGAGGAAGAUUGUGCAAACACUACUGGUGUGACCACCACCCCAUCUGUGCAGUACAUCAACGGGAAACACCUGGUCACCACUGUGCCCAAGGACCCAGAGGCAGAGGAAGCCAGGCGUGGCCAGUACGAAAGUGUGGCACCUUCUCAGAACUUGUCAGGCAGCUCGCAAAGUGACGUCCACCAGUUUGUGAUACCGGAAACAGAAUUAUCUAACGCUUUGAAGCCUAAUGAAUCUAAAGAAUCAGAUGAAUUUCUGGAAAUUACAUGGAGACCUGAGACUUACCCCAAAAUGUCAGAAACUUUUUCAAGUGGUGAGCCUGAUGUUUUCCCUACAGCUCCUUUCCAUGGGGCAGAAAGACCAGGGGGCACAGAGUCAGCCACAGAGCCAGGCCCUGGACUUGAAAUUCUGGCGCGUGGCAACCCUGCGCCUGUACCUCCAUUUCCUGAAGAGUCUUCGGGAGAGGCGACCAUCAGCCAAGCUUCUCAGAAAAUGGUGUUUUCAAGGGCUACAGAGGCUGCAAACAGUGCUGUUGUCACGUCCAUGCCAAGCAGUGUAGUUCCAAGUUCUCUGGAUCCUAUGGUACAGGAAGGCUCAGUCACCCUAGCAGGAAAUCCACAACCUGAUGACCUCUGGUCUGCUACAGAGAGCUGGGCUGAAAUAGCCCCUGGCCAAGCUGUAGAGCACUCAGGGAGUUCUUUGCUUCCAUUUCUAGAGGGCUCUGGAGAAGCAGAAGAAUACACAGACAGACUGUUCCCCAUGGCCGCUGAUUUAUCACAGAGAAAGACUACAGAUGUGCUUACAACUUUGGGAACCAGCAAGGGCCUAAUCACAGAAAGCUUUUCUGACAGGGUUGUGACCUCUGUUUAUCCUGGUUCUGGGCCUUCCUCUGCAGCAGUGGUGUCUCCCGAAUCUUUACAUGAAACAGAUACUUCCACAUGGGUUUUCAGUAAAGCUCUUGAGGGAAAGGAACAAACAGAAGAGGAGAAAGAAGAGGGAACUACUGGUGCAGCAUUUACAAUUCAACUACUGUCACCAACCCAGAGAUCAGAUCAACUGGUUUUGUCCCCUGAGUUAGACAGUUCAAAUGUAGCUGCCCCUAGUGGUACAGCCAUCCAGCAGAGUGUCCUAUCCUUGACAACACCCACACAGCCUGGAAAUGCAGUGUCUAGCUCUCCGCUUUUCUUUACAGAGCCAGAUUCUUUAGUUAACUCGGGGGCACAGCCCUUUGAGCACAGCAGUAGCAGCCGAGCUGGGGUGCAGGAAGGGCCAGCUACUCUCCCAGGGAGUGCCAGCUCUCUGAUGGAUCAGGGCUCUGGGGAAGCUGCUGUGGACCUUGAGACUACCACCUUUUCUUCAUUUACUUUAGAGUCUGAAACUCAGGCCACAACAGAAGCUGCAAGUGGCUGGUCUCCCCGCGUGGAAACCACAUUCUUCUCUGAGCCCGCAGGACAAGUUUUGACUACUGCUCUGGACAAGGAUGUUGUGGAAAUUAUCAGCCAAGCACCCAAGGGAAAACUGACUUCAGCACUGCCCAAAGUGCCACACCACAGGGGAGAAGGAAAGGGCUUUCCUUUGGAGGAAGAUUUCAGUGGCGACUUUGCAGAAUAUUCCCCAACAUCUCACCCUGUAACAAAAGAAGAAAUGGCAACAGCGGAGGGCUCUGGAGACACAGGCUCUGCAACUAUCCAGAGCUGGCCAUCUGCAAUGCCCACUUCAGAGCACACCCGUCACAGUUGGGAUGCCGAGCAACCCAGCAGGGCUAUGGUCAGCCCCUCAGCCUUCCUCUGGGAAGAGCUGGCAGCCCCAGAGGGCUCUGGCGAGCCUCUGGCCACAGUGGUCAGCAGCUCUGGUGACCCAGUGCUUCCCACUGCAGUGGAAAACUUCUCUGGUACAAAUUCCCCAUUUUUUGACCGAGGACUGGAACAAGUGAGUGUUAUUCAUGAAGCCAGUCAAAGGCCCACCAUUUCCCCUAGAGCAGAAGUGAAGAGUACUACAGAGCCAACGGCAACGGGAGAGGUCAAAGGCAAUGGCCCAGUUUCAGUGGAUUUUCUCCAAACAAUGGAGCCAGCCCAGAUAGGGGCCAGGCAAGAGGGGAAUCUCGUGACACAGGGGAUGAAAGGUGAAAAUGCCUCAGAGCAGAAGAUUGAAGAACAUGCCUUUUUUGAAUCAGCCCAUCGCUCUCUUGCACCUGAACAAGUAACUUUUUAUUCACAAACACUUACUGAAACUGGACCCCAAACUACAGAUUAUUCUACAAUGAAAACAUACAGUACUGAUAAGCAGGGGGAAGAGGAAGGUGUUUCUUCAGUUUCCUUCUCUACUCUGCUGCCAGAUACAGAGGCCUUAAAACCCUACACUUCUCUCCCUGAGGCUUCUGAAAGGUCAGAGUUUCACUCAACUUCUGCCUUUGUGACUGAACCCACCCCAGCUGAAGCUGUAGUCACAGAUUCAUUCACUAAAGAGGAAGAAAGUGGAGAACUCUUUCUCAAAGGCAUGCAACCAAACAUUAACAAUUUGAGUACUGAUCUCUUAUUUUCUGGACUGGGAUCAGGAGAAGAAGUUUUGCCCUCUCUGCCUACAGUGUUUGUCAAUUUAACUGACAUGAAACAAAUCAUUAGCACAUUAUAUCCCCAGACUCCUCAAGUGGAAAAUGUACAAACAAGUGUCUUAAGUGAAAAAAUAGAAGACUAUGAGAGAAUGGAAAAUGAAGUUGGAUCCCUCCUUUUUAAAAUGGACAACAUCUCCAACUCUGAUGCAGUAGUAGUAGCCAACACAACCUUACUAGAAGUUUCAGCAGCAGAAGUGCCAACUCUGGCACCUGUCUCUUUCUCCACAGACAGUAAGCAUCCUCUUAAUAAAACUCUCAGAUGGUCAGAAGAAAUCCAAAUGCAGAGCCCCCAAGCUGUAACAGAACAAGUCUCUCCUGAGAAGGCUUUGGGAACAGAAACUAAAGAAACAGCGACUUCUUCCACCAUUUUUCUAGCUAGAACUCACAGUCUUGAAAGGGCCAAAGAAUUUGUCAUGACAACACCGAAGCCAUCUGAUUUUCUUUAUGAAAAUUCUGGAGAGGGGUCUGGAGAAUUGGAUACUCUUGCUUCGGUCCACACUUCUGGAACUCCUCAGGCAAGUGGGCAAGGAAGCACCACAUUUGUCUCGGUCAGAUUCCUGGAAAAGCAUCCGGAAGUCCCAAGUGCUGAAGCUAGUACUGCCCAUGUGCCUUCCCCAGUGUCCACGGUGCUGCCUGUCCGUUUGGAGCAGAAAGAAAGCACCCCUGACCCAACUAGCACCCCUGAAGUCCCAGAGUCCUCGCAGAGGCCCAGGGAAGAGGGUGUGGACAGUUUCCAAGAUCAUUUUGUGGGAUUUGAAGAUUCCACCUUAAAACCUAACAGAGGGAAAGCCACUGAAAACAUUAUUAUAGAUCUGGACAAAGAGGAUUUAAUGUUGACCGUUACACAGAGUCCCAUCCUGGAUAUUCUUGAGCUGAGAGAUACAACCACAAUCAUAGAUAUUGAUCACACAAAAUCUGUAGAUGAAGACAUCCUUGGAAUGCAGACAGACCUAGAUUCAGAGCCACCAUCAGAGCCACGUGGGGGGAGUGAGGAGGGUAUGCAAGCCACCCAAGUUCAAGACCAGCGUGAGAUGGCUGGCAACCUUUCUUUAACUGGGGAAGCAUUUGAGGGCUCCGGGGACACUGGUCUGACUGGCUACACUCAGACAACAGAGAACGAACCAGCAACCUCUGAGGACAAAAGCCAAUUAGGUCACAUGGGCUUUAACUCUGCAACUGAAAUCUCUGGCCCUAGCCUAGAAAAAGAACGAGAUAUUUUACUGCCCACAGUGACAUCCCUACCCAUGCCUAGUAAAUCUGUCACGAUUCGUCCAGAGAUCAAAGAAGCAAAAAUAGAAACAACAGGCUUGGAUGACAUAUUUGAAUCCAGCACUUUGUCUGAUGGUCAAGCUAUUGCAGACCAAAGUGAAGUACUGUCAGCAUCGGGUCACUUGGAGGGCACACAGGAAGAGUACAACGAGAAGAAAUAUGUGGGGGCUUCUUUUCCACCAGAAUUUUCCUCAGGGGCCGAGGAGUUAGCCAUAGACGCCACUCCCUACGUAAGUAUCAUUCAGGUCCACCUCACGGCUCAGAGUUUAACGGAAGCCCCUGACGUGCUGGGACGACCCAGCCCCUCGGGUGCACUUCCAGCACUGGAAGCAUUGUCCCCAGAGACACCCUCCGCUCUGGUACCUGUCUCCCCGGGGAGCGGAGCCUGGGAAGCAGCAGAGGUUCCCCAGCUAGGUGUCCUGCCAGGCACCGAUGCCAGCUCAGCUCCGACGUCUCCAGAGCAUCCUCAGAACAAGGUUCAUCCAAUUUCCAAAGCCACUUUGAGACCAUCAAGUGAAGAGCAGGACCUCCUAAGCGUGCCUCCAUCCUCCUCUCCUGGCACAGCACUUUCUGAAGGUGAAAGUGAAGCCUGGUCAUCCGAAGUGGACGCUCCUCCCACAGAACUACUUACUGAGGGGACCACUGAGGCUCAUCAAGACCCCACAGACAUGGACAGUGGUCCAUUUUCUGGAGAAGCCACAGAACUGUUUCCAAGAUUUCCACCCCUUGGGGCUGGAACUGCUCCUACAGCUGCCUGGGAGCCGAAGUCAGAAGGUGCCACGCCGCGGCCACAUUCUACUCCUGCCUCUGUGUUUUCCAGAGCUGGGGCAGGUGUGGCGCCUCGGCCCAGCCCGCAGCCUUCCGCGAGCCCCACCGUCCCCGCUUCUUUGGAAACGAACCCUGGAACGCACGCGGCGGCUUUCGUCCGAGGGGAGGGGUCCACGGUAGCAGCCCCAGAGGAGGAUGUGCCCGCCACAGCGCUUGACUCUAACGAUCAGGCUACAGUAAGCACGGUGGGAUUAAUCACGGAGCUCGCCUCGCCACCACUUUCCCUUCUGGAAACUUCUAAUGAGACUCAUUUCCUGAUUGGCAUUCACGAAGAGGCCGUGGAGGGCACAGCUGUCUAUCUGCCAGGACCUGAUCGGUGUAAAAUCAACCCGUGCCGAAAUGGAGGCACUUGCUACCCCACAGAAGUGUCCUACGUGUGCACGUGUGUGCCGGGCUACAGUGGAGACCAGUGUGAGCUUGACUUUGACGAGUGCCACUCCAACCCGUGUCGGAACGGAGCGACCUGUGUGGAUGGCUUUAACACAUUUCGGUGUCUCUGCCUUCCGAGCUAUGUCGGCUCACUGUGUGAACAAGACACUGAGACCUGUGACUACGGCUGGCACAAAUUCCAGGGGCACUGCUACAAAUACUUCGCCCACCGCCGCACGUGGGACGCUGCCGAGCGGGAAUGUCGCCUGCAGGGCGCCCAUCUCACCAGCAUCCUGUCGCACGAAGAGCAGAUGUUUGUGAAUCGUGUGGGCCAUGAUUAUCAAUGGAUCGGACUGAAUGACAAGAUGUUUGAGCAUGACUUCCGCUGGACGGACGGCAGCACCCUGCAAUAUGAGAACUGGAGACCCAACCAGCCAGACAGUUUCUUUUCUGCUGGAGAAGACUGCGUGGUCAUCAUUUGGCACGAAAACGGCCAGUGGAAUGAUGUCCCCUGCAACUACCAUCUCACCUACACGUGCAAGAAAGGCACAGUUGCUUGCGGCCAGCCCCCUGUUGUAGAAAACGCCAAGACCUUUGGAAAGAUGAAACCUCGUUACGAAAUCAAUUCCUUGAUCAGAUACCACUGCAAAGACGGCUUCAUUCAGCGCCACCUUCCAACUAUCCGGUGCCUAGGGAAUGGAAGAUGGGCUGUGCCUAAAAUUACCUGCAUGAACCCUUCCGCAUACCAAAGGACUUAUUCUAAGAAAUACUUUAAAAAUUCUUCAUCAGCAAAGGACAAUUCAGUAAACACAGCAAAACACGAUCAUCGCUGGAGCCGGAGGUGGCAGGAGUCCAGGCGUUGAUUCCUCAAAUGGCAAACAUAGGUUUUCAUCAUUUCAGCCAAAGCCUAACUUCCUGUGCCUUUCCUACCACCUUGAGAAGUGUUAUCAGUGGUUUUCAGUUUGGGGACCACCAUUUGGUCACUUGGGGUUGCAGUGCUCCCAGAACACUUUAAAUGACAGUCUUGGCAUCCACAAGGAAAGCAAAGCGACGCAAGAGUGAACAAGGCAGAAGGCGACCGUUUCCAGCCCAGCUCCUCUCCUUGGGGCUCGCUUCGCCUCUGGCGCAGGUUGUAUUGCAGCGUCUACCCGCCUACUGUACUAUUUAAAAAGCUCCAUUUCAGCACCGGUGGCCGUGUAAAUAAGAUGAUUUAAUGUUGAUUCUACGCCUGUAUAUAAAAUAAAAAGUCACACUGAAUUCGGGCAUAUUUAAUGAUGAUUAUGGAGCCUGCCGGGCCUGUAAUCAUUGGUCCGGCUGCUCUGGGGUAGAUUGUUUAGGUUGGAAAUGGUUUCAUUUGCCUUUUGGCUAACAGCAAGAUGGAGGACAGCUUUCUGUGCACAAGAAGCAAACACCAUCUCGCUUGUGCACCCUCGGCCACGUGUGCAUUGGCUUCUAUACCAGGCUGAGGCCUGGCUUGCGACCCUGAGGCUCAAGGGACUCCAACGCGAAUUCAUCUUUGCUGUAAUCCUUUUCCUUCAACUCACACGGAAGGCCCGAAUGGAGGACUUUUUCUAAGACCAGGAGCAUUUUUUUAGGGGACAAAGUGCUAAUUAUUAACUCAACCAGGUCUACUUUCUAAUGGUUUUCAUAACAAUAACUCUGGUAAGGUUACAUAGGGAUCAAGACUUUUUAAUGGGUAGAGACCGUGGGUUCAGGAGGGUGGGGGAUUGUUAAAACAACACACUUGCAAAAAAAAAAAAAUUUGUAUAUAUAACCAUUUUAAUCUUUUAUAAAGUUUUGAAUGUUCAUGUAUGAAUGCUGCAGCUGUGAAGCAUACGCAAAUAAAUGAAGUAAGCCAUACUGAUUUAAUUUAUUGGAUGUUAUUUUCCCCAAGACCUGAAAGUGGAUAUAGUGUGCUAGUUAUUUUUCAGUGUUAGCUUGAUAUUUUCCUCACACAGUUGGGAACGAUAUAAUGUAGUACUUUGUCCCUGAUUGAAUAAUGUGAUGGAUAGACUCAUUAAGUGCUUCUUGUGGAAAGAGUGGGCAAGUGCAUAGCUUUCGGCAGUGGUGUUUGGCCACCCUACGCAAGGUGUCUGCGCAGGCUUAGCCUGGGCCUUUCGUCUCGUUCAAUGGAGUGUAUGUGUUAAAACUUCUUGUCUCCUCAUACUCAAUUUUCUCCCUUCUGUUUGAAUAAAGAGACUGCUGGAGAUGACUCUGAAUUAUUAUCCACUUAAUUUAAUGGUUAAACAAAAAUCUGUACUGGAAAGAAAGCAAGAGGAGUAGACAGCAAGUAAAAUGACAGAUGCUUGAGGAGAGAGAAGUUCACCCUGAGUUAACAGUGCAAGGUGUUCCCGGGUGUGGAACAUCUCGGGGUACCCCAAGUGAUGGAGAGCUUUUGUGUGCUUAGGGAGCAGUUGGCAGUUUAAUUUUUUUGAGAAAAAAAGAAAGCAAACUAGAUAAAGAGCAGACAGGUUGGCCCAAGGUGGACAGUCAUGAAACCUCCUUUGGCCCAGGACAGAGAAGUGAGGCUCACAAUUACAUGCAGUGUAUUCGAGCUGCCCCCUUGGUCCCCUCACCCAGUGUAUCCCCCUUGGGUGCUGUGGCACACACACACACACACACACACACACACACACACACACACACACACUGUGUUGACUCGCUAGGUCUUUAUUUUUCCCUUUCCAUUAAAAUGCACAUAGUACUCUCCUGUAUUUAUAUUAUGACAUGUAUAGUGUAAAAUGUGAAUGAUUUUUUUUUUUUUUUGUGAAUGAAAAUCUAAAACCUUU